AUGCAAACUUCAGCCCACACAGUCUUGGAAGCUGCUGCCAAGGUUCUCAUCGAGCGGGAGAAACAAUUCUACGCAAAGUACCCAUUCUGCUCGACCCUGCCGUUCAGUGAGAACGAGAUCGUGUCUGAGGUCGGGAAGCAGAUGGAGAAGGAAAUCGAGGUCAAGACGCCGUCGUUCGAGAGAGCCGUCGAGCUUUUCCUCGGAUCUCUUUUCACUAGCAGUGGGAAACCCUAG